UGAUGAGCCGCUCUCGAAGCAUCCAUCCAAGAGCAGAUUUCACAAGUGGGCCCCACCAAUUCCCUGCUUACGUUAGACCCAACUAAUAAAUUCAGUUUCGGAAUCACAAAAAAGUGGGCCCCACACGCUCCAAUCUCACCUCCAAAUACCCCCUUUUUCUCUCCCCACGCAACUUCCGAUUCCAACCUCCUCUCAAAGAAGGAAACCCUAGAAAUCCUUCUCUCUCUCUCUCUCUCUCUCUCUCUCUCUCUCUAACCGAUGUCCGCUUUCUCUCUUUAAAAUCCGCACCGUCCGAUUUUUUCAUCUUCCAUCUAAGAAAAUUACCAAAAUGGGUCUAUCCAGCGAUCUCAAUAACGUAUCUUCCGACUCAAUCCCUCUACUCGUAGUGGCGUUGGUCGCACACGGCGUAUGUUAUCUCCGCUCCAUGCUCUUUUGUUUCCUCCAGUUCAUGGGCGUGUCCAGCGUCGCCGGUGGGGAAGUUGGUUUUGCGCCGGAGGGUCUAUUCGGCGCCGUGGGCUCAGGAUUAGCAAGCGUGGUCUUAUUGGCGGAGCAGCUUAACGUGCACCGGGUGUUCACGUUCAGGGGGGAAGCAGGCGUGGAGAGGGAUUGCAUCGUGUGCCUGAACGGGCUGAGUGACGGAGACCAGGUGCGCAGGUUAGUUUGCGGCCACGUGUUCCACAAGGAGUGCUUAGAUGGGUGGCUGGAACACCGGAACAUGAGCUGCCCGCUCUGCCGUGCGCCGUUGGUGAAGGAAGAGCGGUUGGUGGAGUUGGAGAGGCGCGUGGGGGAGGAGCUUGUCACGUGGUUCUCACCGACACAUUGAUGGUCAUGAUGUGAUGGUACCAUGACAUGAUAAUGAUGGAUUUUUAUUUUUAUUUUUUUCAUAUAUGGAAAUGACUAUGUUGGAUUUUUAGCUGUUUUUGGAGGGCUGGUAAUGCUACUAAGCUCUUUUGGGUGUUUUUUGAAGGGCUUUUUUUGGGUUCUUUUCUACUUUUUGUAAUUUUUUUUUUUUGUUGUAAUUUACUGAAAUAAUGAGAGAGGCUUUCGAAUGUAAUUAUAUUUUCUUA